AUGGCGGACGACGCGACUGGAAGCACAGCAGCCCAUGACCCCACUCUCACUGGAGACAAUGGUGCAGACGCAAACGCACUGGAUCAAGACCCGAACUUCCUCGAAGACGCCCUCAAGGAGUCAUCAAACGAAGCCACUGCCACACCUGCAAAUGCACCAGACAACCCGCCAGACGCACCCGACGGUCCGGGACCGGAGACGGAGGAUGCAGAUGGCCAAGAAGACGAGGAGAUGGGCGGUGUAGAUGAUACCAAGAAAGAGAAUGGCGAAGGCGCCGAUGCCAUGGACCCAGAGGCACAGGCAAAGGCCGACCUGCAAUCAGCCGCACGCUCCCAUUUCGUUACUCAGACCUAUGCGACCAUCAUUCCGAGCUAUGCGACCUGGUUCGACAUGCGAUACAUCGACUACCGCGAACACAAGGCCCUACCCGAGUUCUUCAACGGCCGCAAUCGCAGCAAGACGCCAGCUGUGUACCGAGACUACCGCGAUUUCAUGAUCAAUACCUACCGCCUUAACCCUUCAGAGUAUCUUACAGUGGAUCCCCAAGAACGGCCAUCAAACAUUGGUCCUCCAUUCACCGGCCACUUCCGUGUCACAGUCGAUACUCCCCGCGGACUGCAACCUUUCCAGCCAGGACCAGGCUCGAAAGUGACAGAAGGCAAGCAACUUGCAGCCACCGAUCGCGCCGCUAGCCAGCAACCGACUGCAAAGAGUGAGACCAAGUCUUUAGCUGGACGCAACAUCUACGAAGCCAAUGGCAAAGAAGCAUCUGCAGAGCCAAAGGCAGCCAACGGAGAAGCAAACGGUGCAUCAGUCCAUGUCAAGAACCUUGAGGCUGCUGCAAAGGAGCCAAUCAAGGUCAUCAACUGCUUCAGCUGUGGCGUCGAAUGCACUCGCGUACACUUCCACGAGACGAAGCCGUCUGAGCAACCGGGUCAAUUGAAGCAAGGAGGUGGUCUCAAGCGGGAUCUUUGCCCAAGGUGCUUUGUCGAGGGCAACUUCCCUUCAGGCACCUCUUCGGUAGACUUUACCAAGAUCUCGAACCCAGAGAGCUCAGCCACUGCUGAGAACGAAGAGAAGUGGACGGAAGAGGAGACUCUUCUGCUGCUCGAAGGCUUGGAGGAGUUUGAUGAUGACUGGAACCGCGUCGCAGACCACGUACAAACCAAGACGCGCGAGCAGUGUGUGAUGAAGUUUCUCCAGCUUGAGAUUGAGGAUAAGUACAUCGAAGCAGAUCUCACCGAAUCCCAAUCGGCAGCUCCAUCAACAAAGUUCCUCCGCGAUCUCGAGUAUCUCAGCGAAGGUCGCGUACCCAUCCACCAUGCAGACAACCCCAUUCUCAGUGUAGUCAGCUUCUUGGCUGGCCUUGCGCCUGCAAACGUAACUGAAGCCGCCGUGGCAUCAGGGCGCAGCGUGGGUGAGAUGAAGCGCAUACUCCAAGAUAAGAUCAACAAAGCCCCAACCGCACCAUCAGAGAAGGGCAAGGAAAAGGAAGGCGAGCAAUCCACACCUGCAGCCACUGCCUCAGACGUGAAGCCCGAAGGCGGAGACGCCAUGGACAUCGACACCUCAACCGAAGUAGCAACCAAGGACUCCACCUCCACCAACCCCCUCGCCACCCUCCCCUUUGCCCUCUCCGCCGCCCGCUCCUCAGCCCUCGCCUCCCACGAAGAACGCCACAUGACACGCCUCGUCUCCGGCGCCGUAAACCUACAAUUGCAAAAACUGCAACUCAAACUCGCACACUUCAACGAUUUUGAGAAACUGCUGUCAGCUGAACGUCGCGACCUCCAGCGUCGCCGCCAGCAACUCUUCAUGGAUCGCCUCAACUUCCAGCGCCGCGUUCGCGCUCUCGAAGACGCAACGAAGCGCAUCUCCGGCUCCAUUGGCGGUCAGGGUCUACCUGGUAGCUUGAGUGCCGAGGAGGCAGUACAUGCGCUGGAGGAGGCUAUGCGAUUCUUUGGCGUGGGCAAGGGCGAGGAUAGUAUGGGGGUCAAGAGGGAUAGUGUUGAUGCCGGUGUUACGCAGCCAGUCAGUGAAGGCGCGGAGGGAUACAGUAAGGUCGAGAUUUAG